AUGAUGAAAGUUAAUUUAUCUCCGAAGCGCCGCCAGUGUACCUCCAGCGCAACUUAUUUUUCAAAAUGGCGAGUGUCAGACAACACCGACGUAAACAAGAGGAAAAUUUUAGUACGGAUUUAUAUUCUGCGUAAUAUCAGUAGUAAUAAUAAAAAUGCCAGUCGCCCGAUUUCACGUCGUAGACUUCCAGAUGGUUUUGGAAUGGUAGCGCGUGCUACUAAACCCCCGGUGACUUAUCGUCUUGACGAAAAUGUUAAUCGUUUAUCUUUAUCUUCACACAAGAUAAGUGAUGAUGGGGGUGUAGAUGACAAAAAAACGGAGAGGAUAGAGGAGCUGCCGUCAUCCGUGAGAUCCAAGCCGAUGGAUGACGUAAAAAAGAGCGAGGACGGCGGGCGACCUGUCCAAGUUGUGCUGGCGCAUCCUGAUCACACAUUCGAGCUUGACGAAGACGCGCUCGCUGAAAUUCUUCUCAAGGAUGACAUCAAAGACCGCAGUGUUGUGGUCGUAUCUGUUGCUGGGGCUUUUCGCAAAGGAAAAAGUUUCCUUCUUGAUUUUUUUCUUCGUUACAUGAACCAUCAAUAUGGCAACAAUAAAUCUCCAAGUUCGUGGAUUGGCGAUGACAAUGAGCCUCUCAGUGGCUUUUCCUGGCGCGGAGGUUCUGAGCGAGACACAACCGGAAUCUUAAUGUGGUCAAAAGUGUUCCCAGGAACAAUGCCAAACGGUGAGAAGGUCGCGAUCAUCCUGAUGGACACCCAGGGGGCGUUCGACAGCCAAUCGACAGUGCGAGACUGCGCGACAGUAUUUGCCCUGAGCACGAUGCUGUCCUCAGUCCAGAUCUUCAACCUGUCGCAGAACAUCCAGGAAGACGACCUCCAGCAUCUCCAGCUGUUCACCGAGUACGGGCGACUAGCCCUGGAGAAAUCAGGGAACACUCCGUUCCAAAAGCUCGAGUUCCUGGUCCGGGACUGGAGCUACCCCUACGAGGCCGAAUACGGAGCCGAGGGUGGCCAGAAAAUCCUCCAGAGACGACUGGAAAUUUCCGACCGCCAACACCCGGAGCUCCAGAGUCUUAGGAAGCACAUAAAGUCCUGCUUCUCGGACAUCUCUUGCUUUCUGAUGCCCCACCCGGGUCUGAAAAUCGCCACCAACCCCAAGUUUGACGGCAGACUGGUGGAGAUUGAGUCGGACUUCAAGCACCAGCUCAAGGAACUUAUUCCCUCACUGCUCUCGCCGGAGAACUUGGUGACUAAAAAAAUAAACGGGCAGACUGUUCGGGCCAGGGAUUUGCUUGAGUACUUUAAGAGUUACAUUAAGAUCUACAAGGGCGACGAACUUCCGGAACCCAAAAGCAUGCUGGUAGCGACUGCCGAGGCUAAUAAUCUCUCUGCUGUAGCAGAUGCCAAGGACCUCUAUCUCCAGAUGAUGGAAUGUGUAUGCGGUGGCACUAAACCGUUCUUGGCUACUGCGCAUCUUGAAUCUGAGCACCAGAGGUGCGUUGAUAAGGCGCUGCAUUUGUUUUCUAAUAAACGGAAGAUGGGGGGAGAUGAGUUCAGUCAAACUUACAUCGAGAAACUUGUUAAGGAUAUGGAUGACUCCUUCCUUCAAUUUAAAGCCCACAAUGAAAGUAAAAAUAUUUUCAAAGCAGCCCGUACUCCAGCCGUAUUUUUUGCCAUUGCCGUAACGAUGUACAUUUGCUCCGGAGUAUUUGGACUCGUUGGACUUUAUACGCUUGCUAAUAUUUGUAAUCUUAUUAUGGGAAUUGGGUUGUUAACUCUCGUAUUAUGGUCGUAUAUCAGAUAUAGCGGCGAGCUUCGUGAAAUAGGAACGCAAAUCGACGAAUUGGCGAGCGGAAUCUGGGAAAACAUAAUGAAACCAGUCUAUCAACGAUUUGUCGAGAAAUCGGUGCAUGUUGCUGUUCAACACGCAGCUAACUCAGCAAACUCAACACUUGCCAACGCAGCAAUUAACGGAAAAUAUAAAGUACCGUAA